AUGACGACAGUACAAAGUGCUAUGAUAGAUACGGCGACUGAAGCAGGCUUAGUGCACAAUGAACUCUGCGUUGUUGAAACAACUCAAAGCUGCGUAAAAAAUGAAGAGGAUAAUCACCUAACUGGUGGUUCUUCUGGAGAAGAAAAUAUAAGCGUUUUGUUUCGAAAUGAUACUGUUACUAACAACACUGAAUCUAACGAGUUGAACACAUUAAUCCACGCAGCAGGUGUCGGAGAUAUGGAAAUAAUCGAGAAAUUGAUUCAAGAAAAAAGUGACAUUCACAUCGAAGACAAACAUGGAAUGAACGCUUUGAUGAUCAGUGCAAGUAACGGACACACUAAAACGGCAGAGAUUUUAAUCAAAAAUAAUAUUGAUAUUCAAAGACUAGAUAAUUCUGGAUCUGAUGCUUUAAUGCACGCUGUCCGUAACGGCCAUAAAGAGACAGUCUUAAUGUUAAUUUCAAAUAACGCUCUAUUAAAUACCACAGAUUUUAAUCAACAAACUUCGCUAAUGUGUGCUUGUUCAGCCGGUCAUAAAGAAAUAGUUAAAAUAUUACUAGAAAAUAACGUUGAUGUUAGUUGCGUAGAUAUUGAUGGAUGGAACGCGUUAUUGCAUGCUGCCUUUAACGGUCGCAAUGAAAUAUUGAGUCUGUUACUUGAUAAUAACGCUGAUUUAAACAGCAGGGAAUUAAGUGGACGCAACAGCUUAAUGCUGGCAGUAUCUAAUGGACAAACCGAAACAGUUAAGUUUCUAAUCCAAAGAGACAUCGACGUUACGUGUAAAGACAAUGGUGGUUUUAAUGCUAUCAUGUACGCUGCAUCAAAUGGGCACAUUGAGACUUUAGAAGUUUUAUUGACUAGCGAAGCUGAUGUUAACUGCAUAGACAACAAUGGCCUUAGUUGUUUAAUGCAUGCAGCGUCUAAUGGACACAUAGAAACAGUUAAGCUACUGCUCGCAAGGAAAGCUGAUGUUCAAUAUAAAGACAAAGCAGGAAUGGACGUUUUAAUGCAUGCUGCAUUGAACGGAUGUUGUGAAAUUGCGAGUGAAUUACUUCAAUAUAACGCUGAUGUCAACAGUACAGAUAACAAUAACAUGACCCAUGUAAUGCAUGCAUCGUCAAAAAGUCACAAUGAUACUGUAAAGCUCUUAAUAGAGCGUCAAGCAAACAUUCACAUUGAAGAUAUCAAUGGAUGGACCUGUCUAUCACACGCUGCUAAUAAUGGCCAUAAUACGACCGUCCAACUCUGGCUAGACAAUAAUGUGGACAUCAACAAAAAACAUAAAGAUGGAGGGAACGCUUUAAUGCUUGCCGCUUCAAGAGGAUAUUCUACAACUAGUUUGCAUAUAACUAAUGGUGAUGUCAACAUCUUGAACGCUUUCACACAAGCUGUUUCUAAUGGAUAUACAGAAAUAGUUGAAACCUUAAUAACAAAAUAUCCUAAUCAAAAUGAUAAAAAUGCAGAAGGGAUGGACUUAAUAUCACUUGCAGCAAGUAAAGGGCACAUUGAAACAAUUCAGUUAUUGAUUGAUGUUAAGAAAGAUGUAAACUCUAAAGAUUAUUACAGCCGUACCCCUCUGAUGCAUGCUUCAUCUAAUGGACAAGACAAUUUCAUUCUGCUCCUUGAAAACAGUGCUAAUGUUAAAGAUGUGGAUAAAGACAAAAUGACUGCUAUAAUGCAUGGCGCGGCAAAAGGACAUGUAGGAAUUUUAAAAGUGCUAAUAAACAAUGGAGCCGAUGUAAACGCCAAAGACCGGGAAAAUCGUAACGCUUUAUUUCAUGCUGUUUCUACUGGAGAUAUCAAAUCGGCAAAAUUAUUACUGGAAAAUAAAUCAAUAUUUUCGACAUUAAAAGACUAUAAUCUUACUGAAUUGUGUCUUGCAGCAUCACAAGGCCAUAUUAAAAUGGUGGAACUACUACUUCAGUAUAAAGCUCCAGUUAAUGGUGUAUAUGUGGGUUCUAAACAUCCUUUAAUGUGUGCAGUUGAAAACAGGCAUAUUGAAAUUGUACAAUUGCUACUUCAGCAUGGAGCAGAUCUUAACUUAGGAGAUAAAGAGGGGUUAAACCCGGUAGCUUUAGCAGUUUCUAAAGGAUUUAGUGACAUUGUUCGAGUGUUACUUGACUAUAUAAUUUCAACUUACGAUGCAGACGAAAGAAGGUUCAGUCCCUUGAUCUAUGCAUUAAACGAUGAAGAAAAAGAACGAGUAAUGGCCGCAAUAAGAACAGGUGAUUCUCAUCAGAAAAACGCUCACGGCAAAUGUGCUUUAAAGAUAGCACUAUCCAAUGGUAAUAAGGAAGUCUUCAGAUUGCUACAAAAAUACAGAGACGACGAUCACUGUAGCGAAUGUUGUAGCAUAACUGAUGAAGAUAUUUAUAAUAUCCAGGAAGUUUCUACGAUAGAUGACUUGCCAGAAGAAAUAAAAAAAGGGUUAUUUCGGAAACUGAGAUUAGUCGCCUUUCAACAGCUCUCAGUGAUCACUGGGAAUGUGUAA